AUGGAUUCGGAACCAUAUAGUGAUGACAACUGGUUUCAGAAAUCUGAUUUAGAAUCAACUGACAUCAGAAUUCUACAUCAAAGAUACCUUCAAGAUGGCUUGGAACUUAGUGAUAAAUACUCGAUGCCUAGAGAUGACAUCGACCCAGAUAAAAUCAUUUACUCGUUUUCGUCCAGUCAGCAAACAGCUGAUCAAACAAUUAUCGAACAAUGUACGUCGGCGCCUGACAGGUUUAAAAUGUGUACUUUCGAUAUCAUUGGUAACCAGGAGGCUAUAUGUACCCCACUAGAUGAUGUUCGCUAUCCACCAGAAAAAAUUUACAUUUCUGGGAGAUCGAAAUGUGGUCAGGCUUUCAACGAGGAUAUCGUAGUGGUCGAAAUCAUCAAAAAACUUCCAAGCAAAUCCAGUGUACCACAGAGAACUGAGGGAAGAGUUACUGCAGUUGUAGAAAGAUUAAGAUACAAUAACAUAGAUCAUCCUGUAUUUGUUUGCACCGCAGAUGAAUUGGAAAGGAAUGCAAUGUUACCAGCAUGCAAAACUGUUCCUAAGAUAUACAUCACCAACAGGCGUGUAAGGAAAGAAAAGAAAGGAGAAGAAAAUUAUUGGAUAGAAAUAUACAAAUAUCACGAACUCGAAGGAUAUCUGGUAUUCGAGAAAUUUUUCAAAAUCCUGCCAGAAAGAAGAAAACGCCUACGUUUUCUAGUUGCCUUUCAAAGAUGGGAAAGAUUCUAUCAGUACCCUCUUGGCACAGUCAUCGGCUUUGUCGAUGCAAACGAUUUUGAAAUGCUGCGCAUCACUGAAAUUCAGCAUAUGAUUCCCUCAUUCUAUACACAGGAAACUGUUGAGGCCGUGUAUGGUAUCAUUCGCAAAGAAAACGAAAAUAAGGAAACUUUCGUUGUGGAUGAUGCGUUAGUGUUUACUAUAGAUGGAGAACAUACAAAAGUGUUUGACGACGGGUUCAGUGUUGAACUAGUAGGUGUUGAAGAUGCUACAGAUACUGUAUACAAAGUCGGUGUUCAUUUAUCAGACGUCUGCAGACUUGUUCAAAAGGACGAUGCAGUUGAUCAAGAAGCAAGGAAAAGAUGUCAAACAAACUAUGCUGGUAUGGGAGCAAAACCCUGUCAUAUGCUCCCGGAGCCUUUGAGUACUGGCAUGCUGAGUCUCAAAGAAGGUAAACCACGACAUGUCAUUACCUUUUAUUUUGAAAUUGACACAGAGGGGGAGGUAAAGAAGUAUCCAGAACCAGGGAAUAUUAAACGACACGUUAUCAGACCAGUAAAGAAUCUUUGCUAUGAAGACGUGCAGAAUGUCUUGUUAAGAGACGAAAAAUUAAAUAUUCCAUGUUUGUCAGGAAAAUUGAAAAUUAUGUUUCAGCUUGCAACGAAAUUGAGAAUCCGUCGCUUGGAGAACGCUCAUUUCGCAUUUCCAGGAAAUGAUUUAGUUGGGUUAGACGAAGAAUUUGACUUUCAUGAAGCUCAUUACCUCGUCGAGGAAUUUAUGAUUCUGACAAAUACUUCGAUUGCAGAAAUGUUAGAGUCUGUUUAUCCAAACAAUCUUCCACUACGUACCCAUGCUUACCCCGACCCUCAGGAAGCAUGUGCAUGGUUAAAGGAACAGGAUGGCAUUGCAGAUAUCAUCAUGAUUUUACAAGAUCGCGACUUGCAGGUCACAGACUCAAAAGCAGAUACACACAUAAUUGGAUUUGAAAACGUGAUGAGAAACGGUAAUAACUGUGAGAUUGCAAUUGAUCAACGAAUUUGGAAAAGCAUGCUUGAUGCUUAUGAUACGAAUGAUAAUAGAAGACUGAAAGUUCUCCUGAGAAAGGACGACCAUCAUCCAAAGCAAUGUGUCGCAAUGCAAAAAUGGAAGUUAUUUCAGCAUAAGGCGAAAUAUACUUGUUCGGGAUCGCAGAAUGAUCAUCAUUUCGGGUUGAGAGUUCAAUAUUACACAACAGCAACCUCUCCGAUCAGAAGAUAUAUAGAUUUGGUUAUUCAAAGAUUAAUUCUUGCGGUUAUCGCUAAAGAGGCUUACCCUCCAUAUACAAUAGAAGAGUUGGAGGACAUAUGUGCUCAUUCAAACAAGAGUUACCACAGAGGAGAAAGAUUUCGAGAACAGUUCCAAACACAAAUGUUGGGUACCCAUUUGAAGGAAACGAAUGCGAUCAAGACAUUAGCGAUCGUUGUUGGAUUGCCUGAUCAGACGACAAUAGAUCUAAUGAUCCUCGGAUACAAUUUCGCAGAACCUUUUCAUUUACGAUUCAGUUUGCUAGGGUUAUGUUCGCAGCCAGAAAUUCGAACCAGGCACCACAGAAUAAGAGCAUUGUUCGCUAAAUGGAAAAAGCGCAUCUAUGAUAAAGAUCGUAUAGCUUUUCACGACAGAAAGGAAAUAGCAAAGAGUUGUUUUACUAUUGACCCCAAUGGUAACUCAGUCUUCGUUCAGUACCAGGAUUGGGUAGAUGUGUUAUGCGCAUCUAUCGAAGACACAUCGACCGACUCAGAUCAUCUACGUGCCGUUUUUAGUGGAAUUAAGGCACUGCCUGGGAGUAAACUUGAAAGUGAUGGGCAAAUGUAUGCUUCUGACGUAUGCUCAGAGGUUCUGAGACACGAAUAUAUGCUCAAACAUCUGUGCUUCUUUCAGAGAAUCUUUGAAAUCGGACAAACAUUAACAGUUCAGAUUGAAGCACAGCCAAAACAUGGUUGUUUUGUUCCGGAUAUCCAGCUGAUAUAUGUCACGGAAACCGUGGCAUUUUGUCUCAAACACGUGGCCGACCCAAUUUCUUGUCUAGCUAGGUACGUGACAUCCCCUGCAAAGAAAACAUAUAAGGAUGAGGCCGACUACAUCAGAAUCUGGACACCUAUACUGGAAAUGGAAGAAGUCACAAGAAUUAUACGGAAUGAAGAUUCUCCUCUGGUGAAAAACGUGCGAGUGACAUUUCAUACAAACAGCAUGGGGACGUUCACUCUGAAUUCCAGAUUCUGCAAAGAAAGAAAUAUUGAUUUAGGUUUCAAGAAAAUAUCAGAGGAUGACGAUAUCACAGAUGAAGCUGAGAGUGAUGACGACAUUCAGAACGAUGAAAAUGGUAGUGAGUUCACAUUAGUCGAAUGUAGUGAUUUUCUCUGUAUUCGUAUUUCUAUGCCAGUUACAAACCACUGCAAAGGCACCAUUGCAGAAACCAAACGAGACAGUGCUACACGCACCACAGACGACAAGAGUAGCAAACAAACAUACGAUUGGGUGGGCCAUGGUAGGACAACGAAGUUAAGACGUUUAGGGAAAAAGAACACCGCUAGGUAUCAAAUCGGAUUCAGUCUUCACAACAGUCCGAAGAUACCCGACGUUGGAUCGUAUAAGUGCACAUUGGAAUUACUUACAAAGUCUAGUGUGCAUAGACGAGCAGAAGAAACCAUCAGAAACCUGCGGGGUGCGACACGGUUAGCGAAAGCUGUAGCACUAAGAAGGCCAAUCCCGGAUUUGGAUGAUCCUUACCUGAGGGACGUGAGAGGACUACAACAAGAUAUCAACGAGCCAAAUGUCAGUAUCCCAAACAACAAUCUGAUGCAGAAAAAAGCCAUCGAUUCAGCCCUGAAGUCCUCAUUUAGCCUGAUACAAGGACCACCCGGUACGGGGAAGACGUUUACAGGUAUCAAACUUAUAUACCUAUUUCAUCAACUAAACAAGAUGGCAGAAGCUAGGGGAGAAGAUAGAAGACAAAUAUUGUUCUGUGGACCGUCCAACAAAUCAGUUGAUCUCGUCGCUAGAUGGAUGAAAGAAAAGUUUAUGUACUGUCUUAAAGGACCUCGCAUAGUACGGUUUUACAGUCAAGCUUACGAAUGUGUGGAUUACCCUGUUCCUGGUCGCGAAGAUUCGUCACGGCGCUCUCUAAGAAAUGCGAGACCAGACCCAUACCUGAAGGAGACCGAUGUCACUUUACACCAUUUGGUACGAAAAGAAGGCAAAACAUAUGCCAAUGACCUCAGACGGUUUGAUUCGAUGUUCAAGCACAAAAAAUAUGACGUCAAGUUUGACGAUGUUCAGAAGUACUCGAAAACAUUGAGACUUGCAACGAUAGAGGAAUUGCAAAGCUGUGACGUCAUAUUUUGCACAACUGCAAUGGCUGGGAAUCCGAAACUGCUAAGAGCAACAAAGGAUCGGAUAUAUCACUGCAUUAUAGACGAAAGCGGGAUGUGUACAGAACCUGAAACAAUGGUUCCCAUCAUAGCUACCAGAGCAAAACAGGUUGUACUGAUAGGAGACCACAAGCAGCUUCAACCCGUCAUCCAAUCGAAACCUGCCAAAGCACUCGGACUGGUUAACUCAUUGUUCGAGAGAUAUGCCACCGAGAGGACUCGAUAUCUGACGAUGCUGAACCAACAGUACCGUAUGAAUCCAUGGAUUUGCUCCUUCCCAUCUAAACAAUUUUACGACGAGAAGUUAGAAACAGACAAAACGUAUACAUCUGGCUGGCUAGUACAUCGUCCAUUAAAACUCUGGAAAAACAACAGUCCUCUAAGCCAUAUCCCAAUUGCAUUCUUCCAUGUAGAAGGGAAAGAGGCCACAUUAGAAGUUACCACAGAAGACGGAAAUGAAAAUUCGAAAAGCAACUUGAUUGAAGCUAGGCUGGUUGUGAAGAUAUUUGCAUAUUUAGCAAAAGAGGAAAAACUGAGCAAGACAAAUAUACGUAUAUUGUCUCAAUACAAUGCCCAGAGGCAGGUCAUCAGCCAGGAAUUAGAGAAGCAGGAUUCAAAAUACCGUGACGUCAGAGUGGACACCGUCGUGGCCAGUCAAGGUGGCGAGAGUGACUACAUUAUCCUAAGCACCGUCCGUUCAAUGCCAACGUUUAUGCUCGAACACAGACCAUCUUUAGGAUGGCGGUUACGUCAUCUUGGGUUUAUCAUCGAUGCUCACCAAAUCAACGUCGCUCUCACAAGAGCUAAAAAGGGGCUGAUCAUUGUCGGUAACAAACAUCUGCUUAGAUGUGAUCAGACUUGGGCAAAUUUGCUGAAAUUCUACGAGGCAAAUAGUCGAGUGUUUGACAAGUUCCCGCCCAGUUGA